AUGUUUACUAACUUCAACAUAAUUAGACGCUACAUUAUGGACGCAAUAAAGCUUAAACCGUUCAACUCACAGGCACCGACGAUGAUUUUUACCGAUGCCAGCUUCGAAGGAGUUGGCGCGAUGGUUUGUCAACCAGAGACUAUCAACGGUAGUACCCAAUUACUUCCCAUUGCUUUUUACUCAAUUCGUUUUACGCCUAGACAGAAAAAUUAUGCUACAGUGGAAAGAGAACUUUGGGCUGUACUCUAUACCUUAGAGAAAGCUCGGCUCUUUUUAUUGCCUGAAAUCAUUGUAUAUGCGGACAAUACCAGUAUCGUUAGCAUAGGCAGAUCUGAAAAGCACACAACGAACAGAUUAACGAAGUAUAUUGAGCUUCUUCACGCCUACCGAAUAACCUGGAAACAUAUACCUGGUGUGAAGAAUGUGGUAGCCGACUACCUCUUUCGCGAAUGUUUGAUAGAUAAGCCUUUUCUAUCUGACCAAACUUUUGAUGAACAUGCAACAUUCGUGGAGGUAAACGCAGUUGAGACUACACCAGUAGUGGAACCUGAACCUGAUGAGGAAAACCCUGCCGCAAAAACUCAAGAUAGUGGACAAUUGGAACCUAAUUCUGACGAUAUAUCCACUGCUGAUGAUGAUUCCGAGAUCAUAUACCGACGACCGCAAGACCUGCCUUGGACCGCAGUACUUUCUCUGAAACGGAUCUUCAUGGAGAAACUUGACGUACUACGCCAACUGGCACAAGUGGUUCGUCAUUUUACAUGCAUCAGUGACACUUUGAACUACGUGGACGGUACUGUAUUGUAUUAUAUUAUCACUGACAAUGAUUACUUACAACGUGCCACAACUUUGCACAACCGAUUUCACGCGUCUCAUCGUGCAUUGAAACAAAUGAUGUUUAAAAAAAAAUGGUGGAAUCCAAAUUCAGAUCUGCUAAUGCUGGACAUCAUACGCCACUGUUCACAAUGUGAGGCUUACCAGAAGAUUCACAACCUUCCUGCGGAACUACCUCCUAUUGCUAAGGUACCAUUAUUCACGCGUUGGAAUUUUGACUUUGCCGGACCGUGCUUAUUAGAUGAGCGAGCGAAGUACUUCAUAAUUGCUGCGGAAUACGUGUCGAAACUUUGUGAUAACGGAAUCUUGUGA